CACGAGGGAAGCUCGCGGAGCUGCAGGGUAAUGAAUGUGGACCUAUCCGCCCAGUUCAGUUCGGGAAUAAUCUGCCAGCAGCCACACAGCCGGAUCCUACGCCGUGGACGUCAUAUUAACGCGAGAAAAGUGCAAUAGAGUGCCGUGACAGUAUGGUUGUUCUGUUCGGUGCAUUAAAUCCCCUGCUUUUCCUGAUUGUCUUCGGACUGUAUCCAUCAUCGACAAUUGGUCCAAAAGAGGGAUGGCAGGUGUACAGUUCUGCUCAGGAUGCAGAUGGACGCUGCAUCUGCACUGUGGUCGCACCAGAACAAAACCUCUGCUCCAGGGAUGCCAAGAGCAGACAGCUCCGACAGCUGCUGGAGAAGGUGCAGAACAUGUCUCAGUCCAUUGAAGUUCUGAAUUUACGGACACAGCGAGAUUUCCAGUAUGUCAUGAAAAUGGAAAAUCAAAUGAAAGGAUUACGGACCAAGUUCGGGCAGAUCGAAGAGGACAGGAAAACAAUAAUGGCUAGAAAUUUUAAGGAGCUGAAGGACCGUAUGGAUGAACUACAGCCAUUGAUUCCUGUGUUAGAGCAGUACAAAACAGAUGCCAAGUUGAUCUCUCAGUUCAAAGAGGAAAUCAGGAAUCUGUCUGCUGUGCUGACGGGUAUCCAGGAGGAACUGGGAGCUUAUGAUUACGAGCAGCUAUACCAGAGAGUUCUCAGCCUGGACAGCCGUCUACGCAACUGCAUGAGCAAACUCACAUGUGGGAAAUUAAUGAAAAUCACAGGCCCUGUGACUAUAAAGACAUCUGGGACUCGGUUUGGUGCAUGGAUGACUGACCCACUAGCAUCUUCGAGAAAUAAUAGGGUUUGGUAUAUGGACACAUAUACCAACAGCAAAGUGGUACGAGAGUACAAAAACAUUGCAGACUUUGUCUCUGGCUUGGAAUCGCGAACCUAUUACCUUCCCUUUAAAUGGGCUGGAACCAACCAUGUGGUGUACAAUGGCUCCUUGUACUACAAUAAGGAACAGAGUAACAUCAUCGUCAAAUACAGCUUUGAGACCGGACGGGUUCUUGCUCAGCGUGCCCUGGAGUACGCCGGAUUCCACAACGUCUACCCCUACACUUGGGGAGGCUUCUCGGACAUUGAUCUAAUGGCUGAUGAGCUGGGUUUGUGGGCCGUAUACGCCACCAAUCAGAAUGCGGGAAACAUUGUAAUUUCUCAGUUAGAACCUCAGACAUUGGAAGUUCUCCAGAAGUGGAACACAGAAUACUCGAAAAGGAAUGCAGGCGAGUCAUUCAUGGUCUGUGGAACCCUCUACAUUACCAAUUCUCACCUGACUGGGGCCAAGGUGUAUUAUUCGUACAACACAAAGACCUCCACUUAUGAGUACACAGAUAUCCCAUUCCACAACCAAUACUUUCACAUCUCCAUGCUCGAUUACAACGCUCGAGAAAGGGCACUUUACGCCUGGAACAAUGGACACCAAGUCAUAUUCAAUGUCACGCUUUUCCAUGUCAUCAAAACUGAAGAUGACUCAUAAUGGUCUUUAGGAUAAGCAAAGAAGGCUGGACAAUGCAGUUUUAUGCUGUUUUUUCUACUUAUAUUCAAAGAAAAUGAGAAACAUUGCCUUCUCCAUAACUUUGCCACAGACUGCAGUUUAAAAUGAGCAUCUGUGACACAAAAAAGACUUGGAUGAUGAAUGACAUUGCGAACUGAAUGAUUUUGAAGUUGAUUUAUUCAUCUGCUCCGGGGUUGGGCGGUAUGACAGAAAUAUGUCACUCAUUACAGAUUCUGCUACACCGUUUAUGCCGCUGUAUAUCCACAGUGCAAUUUUCGACACCAAGCAGAAAUCUAUAGCCUACUCUCCAAAAUGUAUCACUGAUGGGCGUUUCCAGUGCAGACAGAUCCACCCUUAAACGUUUUCAUUUGAAAACGCAUUCAUUUUACUAAGUUUACGCCUACAUCCUCUUCGAAAAUGGAAAGGU